AUGCCUGCUGGUGAACACCGGCCCAAUGAGGAACUUGCCCGUUAUAUAGAGUCUAGAUGGUCAAACCGCUUUUCCGUGUUUUGCAAUGCCCUUCGACAGUAUCCAUUGCCUAUCACCAGUGGAGCUGCAGCCACUGUGCUGCAUGGCAGUUCACCAGAUGUCCUUCAGGCAGUGGAUGCAUACUGUUGCUCAACCCAAUCUCAACAAGGAGAACAACAAGAGAGUUCUGAGUGGAAUGAGAGUGAAUUGGAUUUAUUUCCACGCCCUGAUACUAUGAAAUCCGCUAAUUCUACCAUGACGACAAUGAUGAUGGUUUGUUCCCCGUUUCGUUUCUUUAAAGCCAGACGACUAGAAGAAGAGAAUGAGAAUCUAUCGCUUUGGCCUAAUGAAACAGGAAAAGUAGUUCCUAAUACAGAAACUUUCACUAAUAGUAAUAAUGAAAAUGACAUUUUAUUUUCACUUUUAGAUGCAUCGAGUCAGUUACAUGGAAAUGGUCAUAUGAGGAGUAAGUCCUCAUCAUUGGUUCCUCGCUCCAGUAAUAAUGAGCAACAAGAACGAUCAGCUGAGGCAAAAUUAAGUGUGAAAGAACUACAGGCAAUAUGUGCUUCAAAAGGUCUUUUAACACGUGGGACAAAGAAAGAACUUAUUGCUAGAAUACAUCAACACAAUGCCUUAAAAGACUCUGGUGCCUUAUCUGAGCAACAGAAAGUUGUGGUUGUUGAGAAACCACAUCCACAAGAAGAACAUAAUGUAGUGACGAUGAGUGGAAAUAUUGCGGCUACAUCACCUAAACGAGUUGCGUUAACAAAUGAAGAAUUGCUUGAACAUUCACAACGUCUGCGUACACCAUUCCGCUCCCCAUCAACAUCUCAACAUUCUCCACACCGCUCAGCAGAACCAGUACCCAAGAUUCAUAGACUUCUUGCAACCCCACAAGAGUACGUUGCUGCAUUGAUAAAACAGAACCGUCAGGGUGGUGGUGGUGGUGGUGGUAAUAAUAAUAGUCGUAGUGCUGCUGCUGCGACUUCUACCACAGAAGAGACCACUCGUUGGCCGUGGCGAAUUCUCGUAGACAAUCGUGAACGUAUUCGUGGGGCUCAUGAGCAUGUCAUUAAAGCCUUUGAUUCAGCUUCUGUUCCCACAGUAUCAUGUACAUUGCCAUGUGGAGAUUUUAUGAUUGGAAUUGAUGUUCCUGCUGGAUAUUCAGCAAGAAGAGAUUAUUUACAAACCAUGGAGGGAGAUGAUAGUAUCUCUAGACUACACUUAUCCUCUGAUGUGGGUGUAAAUACCCCUGCGCAGAGUCUUUUUUCCAUUGUAGUGGAACGUAAAACCACCAAAGAUCUCUGUGCAAGUAUUGCGAGUUCACGCUACUAUGAGCAGCGACGUAUUCUCUCUGCAUCUCCAUUUCGAUCUGUGGUGUGGGUGGUGGAGGGAAGUAUUGAAUCCCUGCGGCCUGAUGAACAGCGACGUGUGCUGUCGGCAUGUGCAUCCCUCGCCACAGUGCCGAACUUCCGCGUUGUGCGUACCCGUCAUUUGGCUGAAACUAUUGUCUGGUUACGACAUCUCAGUAUGGCUCACAUCUCAUCAUUAGCGAAGGUAACAACAACAACAACAAGAGGAAGAGGAGAAAUAAACAGUAUAUCAUCAUCAUCAUCAUCAUCGCUAUUGGCGGACUGCGCAGCAUGUAUGGAGCAUACAGAGAAACUACGACGUGCCCUUAGAGCACGCACUACUUUUCCACGUGUGUUGAUGUGUGUUCGCGGCUGCUCCACCGCACUGGCAACACAACUAGCAUCCAAGUACGGCUCACUUCUACAGUUGUGGAGACGGCUUAGGGAUUACGGUAGAGAGGCAUGUGACGCGGAUGAGGAUAUACGUCGCCUUAGUAGCACGCAGAAGGACGUGUACGUGCGGCUUACGGAGUUUCUCUUGGCAGAAGAGUAUUGCUGA